AUGGAAGAUUUCAUUCUUGGCCAGGGUUAUGGCUAUGGCUUUGCCUUGGGUAUUGGUGCUGGGUUCGCCUUAUUGAUGGUUGUUAUCUCUAACCUUCUCUCUAGAUAUAUGGGAGAAGUCCAAUCUUCUGAACGAUUCUCCACCGCUUCACGGUCGGUUAAGUCUGGACUUAUCGCAUCCUCAACGGUUUCUGCGUGGUGUUGGCCCGCAACUUUGCUUACUUCUGGUGCUUGGGGUUACUCUCAUGGUAUAUCAGGUCCCUUCUUGUACGGCAUUGGUGGGACAGUACAGAUCACCCUUUUCCUGUUCCUUGCUAUCCAAAUUAAAAAGAAUUCCCCAGGUUGUCACACAGUUGCUCAAUUGAUUUCAGUAAGGUUUGGGAAGCAUGGACAUUGGUGUUAUUUGGUUUAUUGUCUGGUGACAAACAUUCUUGUUUCUUCUCUCUUAUUGUUGGGAGGUUCUCAGGGGUUUUCGUCCACGACAGGGAUGCAUGUAGUUGCCGCUUCGUUCCUUCUUCCAUUGGGUGUCAUUUGUUACACUCUUUUUGGGGGUCUCAAGGCUACCUUCAUCUCAGACUGGAUCCAUACGGUAAUCAUUUACAUUAUCAUUCUUGUUGGGUGUUUCACCAUUUAUGUUGGCUCUCCAUUAAUUGGUUCUCCUGGUAGAAUGUACGACCUCUUGAAGGAAGCUGAUAUUUCCUUCCCCAGUGCAACCGGGACUAGUUACUUGAGCUUCCAUGAUAAAGAUAUGUUUCUUCUUGCUUGGUCAGUUACCCUUGGAGGAAUGAGCUCAGUAUUUGGAGAUCCAGGAUAUUCUCAAAGAGCAAUUGCUUCGGAUUCAAAGAGUGUUUUCAGCGGAUAUAUGGUUGGUGGAAUCUGUUGGUUGGUUAUACCAUGGGCGCUUGGCUCGCUGGCGGGAUUGGCGUGUAGAGCGUUAUUAACCAAUCCAGCAUUUUUCACCUAUCCAAAUCAACUUACUGAAGAACAAGUUGGAGCAGGUAUGCCGGUUAUUUUUGGCUUGGCAGCGGUGUUAGGUAAAUCAGGUGCUGUCGCUGGAUUAUUAAUGCUUUUCAUGAGUGUCACUUCAGCAACUUCUGCUGAACUUAUUGCCUUUUCAUCUAUUUGUACCUAUGAUGUGUACCAAACGUAUAUCAAUCCAAAUGCUUCUGGUAAGCAACUUGUUAAGAUUGCCCAUGCUACAGUCAUUGGAUUUGGUAUCUUCAUGGCUAUUUUAUCAGUUGUCUUCAACUAUUUGGGUGUCACUGUUGGUUGGAUAUUAAGUUUCUUGGGGAUUAUUCUUUCUCCAGAAGUAUCUGCUGUCACUUUGGCUAUUUUCUGGAAAAAGAUGUCCAGAGAAAGUUUCCUCAUUGGUGCUCCAAUCGGUACAUUGACCGGGAUUGCAUGCUGGAUUGGAUCCACGUAUGCUUAUGCAGAUGGUGUCAUCGAUAAGGACACUUUAAUGACCACUGAAGCCACCCUUAUUGGGAAUAUCACCUCUUUAUCAAGUGCGUUGGUUUGUUAUGUCACCAUAUCAUUGAUAAAGCCAGCAAAUUUUGAUUUCAAUAUCUUCUCAACUGCAUUCCAUGCUGGUGAUGACGCUGAUCAAAAAGAAAAGGAAGCCAUGGAAACCAAUGGCCACGAUAGAGCCAUUUUGAAGCGUCACUCGAUGUGGGCAUUUGGAAUCAAUAUUAUGAUUCUCUUCGUAGGGUACAUUAUUGUGCCAGUUUCAUUCUACGGGUCGAAUUACGUUUUCUCCAAAAAGUACUUCACCCAAUGGAUUGUGAUCAUGUUAAUAUGGUUACUUAGUGCUGCUACAUACAUUGUGAUAUUCCCAUUAUGGCAGGGCCGUCACGCCAUUGUAAGGGUGAUAAUGUCUGUUCUUGGGAAAUCGAAACAAACCCAAGAUGUGGAAGAAGAGAAUUCUCUAACGAACUCGUCAGAAGUCGAACGUGUAAGUGUCUUAGUUGAGAAUAAGGACCAAGAAGUAUGA